AUGAAAUCAAACAAUCUACCAGUUGACCAGAAACAGAGGAAAUUAACUCAGUUAGCAUCAACACACAACCAAUAUCAACCAUUUUCUUCUUAUUAUCUUUGGUAUCUAAUAGACAGAUUUCAUUUUAUCAUUGAUGACAUUCAAUCAAUUUUAACAUUUACGAAAAACACUUGUUUUAAUGAAUUUGCGAACGAAUUUAUGAACGAAAGACAAAAGGCUGAAUUAGAAGGAAAUAAAGGAAAAAGUUUAUUUUGCAAGAUUUCACUUAAUGGAUCAUAUGGUUACGAUGCAAUGAAUACACAAAAUUACGCAAAGACUAAAAUAAUGAAUGCACAGAAGGCACGCGUUGCAUGUAUGUCAAAUAAGUUUAAAAACAUAAGAGAAAUAGGUGAAGAUACGUAUCAAGUGAUGCUUAAAGAUAGAUUUUAUAGAUGUGAUACAUGUUUACAAGAGGCAUUCUUCACUUUAGAUAACGCAAAAUACUGGUAUUUGGUUUUCAUUUAUGAUUUUAUGUAUAAAUGCAUGGAUGUUAAUCGUUUUCAUUUCAUUGAAGGUGAUACUGAUUCAUCUUAUUGGGCAAUCGCUGGCGACCCAAAUCUUCCUAACACUCAAGCAUUUCAAGCAAUUGUAACCGAUAAAAAAUUUUAUGAUAAAAACAUUUACAAAUUCGCACCUUUUGAUUUCUUUUGUUUUAAUGAGAAAUUUAAACCUAAAUUAAAGAAUAAAGCUGAAGAAAAAGCACAUGAGAAAAAAUUAUUGGGUUUAGCAAUUGAGAAACAAGGUGAUAACAUGGUUGCUUUAUGUCCUAAGUGUUAUACAUCAUUCAACGGUUCAAUUGAUGGAAGUGAUUUUAAAAAGAUUGCACAAAAAAUGAAAGGUGUUAGUUUAAGACAAAAUAAGCAAUUAACACCUAAAAAUUAUUUGGAUAUAAUAAAUGAUAAAGUGAUAUUUGAUGGUCAGAAUAUUAAUUUACAACUUAAAAACGGGUCAAUGACUCGCUUAACAAUCGGUAAGACUGCAUUAACAGGAGCACACACUAAGGCUGUAUGUUGUGAAAAUGGAUGUUGUAUGCCAUUUAUUUAA